AAUAAACCGAAUGCAAAUAUUACGUCACAAAGAAAUACUACCGUGUUCCGAUUCGACGAGUCGUUCUUCCACUCAGAGAAUUGAAAUUCGUUUUCGUGCAUUGGUGAUGAAGUGCCUUUUUGUCGCCUUUGCUAUGUUCAUCAACAAGAUAACGUGCUCAUGAUAUUCCCAUUUCAUCGUUUCUCGUGACUUGACCAUAGAUAUCGCUUUUUCAAUCAAAUUGAUAUCGUCAUCGAUAUUAUUGAUACUCCUUAUCAAAGUUUGAUUUUCCUCGUUUUCGCAGGAGCCUUGUUUCGCUUUGGCACGGGCCGCACCCGCUUUUUCCUUUGAUUCGCAAGUUUGAUAGAGUUGAAUAUUUUGGAAGUGAGUUUCAGGAGUUCUAUGGUAUGAUGAUCGAUUGAAUACUAGUUGUGAUGAACGGGAACAAGAAAACUCAUCAGGGUAUUCAUCUUCAUCUCAAAAACUGAAAUGGGUUAGGUCGGAGAGGAAUUAGCGUUUCUUUGUUGAGCAAGCCGAACUUUUGGUGAAUCGUCGCAACUACAAGAACGUGGCUUCCUCUAGACUAGGAAAGUUGCACCUACUCUUCUUUCAGGAUGAGUCCUAUUUCGACGUGGAGGAAGAUCAACUGCUUACUCGAUGAAGAAGUAACUUUCGUUUCUCUUGAUUUGUGAUCGCGACUGACUUCUGUACCUGAGAACAUAAAAACUAGUCCUAUCAAUUCGUUCGUUGUAUUUGAUAACCCAAACCCCGUCGGUUUCUUCCACCAUAUUUGAUAACCCCUCCCCACUCGUACUCUCCUACUAUCAAAAGGAAUAAUUGAGUCCCAAAAGGAACUUACAUCAUUGAGUCCCGAAAGGAAUAAUUGAGUCCCCACUCAUACUACUUACAUUCCUACUAUCCAAAAGGAACUUACAUCAGUUUCAAUUGUUAAGAAAAUCCGAUGGUCGUUGCGCCGAUGUCGAAAAGCGUGAGUCUUCGAGGAGAGGACCUCUCUAAGGGGUUUAGAGAGCGAGCAUCAAAACUCGCUACUGAACAUGGCGAUACACUCGAGCAGCUGAACCUGUACGUUUUUUCUUGUUGAUUUGAUACAGAAUAUGGUUUUUGUUCCCUCUGUGAUGAAAACAUCAAUUGUAGAUAGGAAGAUUGAAAAUUACUAGACACCAGUUGGUUACUAGUACUCGACUAAAUGAAUCUGACUGCUAUAACUUAUUAAAUUGACCUCUUAGCUCCUACCAACUACUGAGAAGAAAGAAAGAUCAUAAUAAACCUAUAAAAAUGGAGCAAUCUGAAUCUCGAUCUUUUAUCCUAAUUUCUUCUAGGUGGCUUCGACGCCGGUCUCGAGAGACGGUAACGCAGACUUUUUUUUUUAUACUCACAAUCCCACUCUGUUGCUCUUUAUUUCCUCUCCAAUCUUUCAUCUACUGGCUUUUCUGCUUCAACCAAGUUGUUUUUUUUUUUUUUUUCCGUGUCUUUUCUCCCCUCGUCUGUUGCUCUCUCUUUUGUUCCGCCCUUCCGUUUCGUUGCUUCUUUCUGCCUUUGUCCUUGUGUUAGCAAGCCUAGCUUCUUGAGGAGGGAAAGUUGCAAAGCGAAUAUCUAAAGCAGCGCGAUGAAUGAAUUGCGACAUCCUGAUGUCUGAUGGGGCAGGAACCCUCUGCAGAGCAUUUUCCACCUACUGGCUUUUUCACCUGACACCCGCGCGUAACGACAAGAUCUGCAUGCACUACAUUUACUUCAACAACUCGGGAGCAAAUUAUCAUGAACGGCAUCCUCACAACAUCAAUGACGGAAGCAGAAAAAAAGCGGUAUCACAUCUCCGGUCGGGUUUCAUCGCGAUGAAUUCUUGAAAUAGCAGUUCUGAUCUGAAAUUUUGCAUUCAGCAUACUUAGAAUCUUUCUAUAGCUUGCUUCUUUUUCUAGGUACUGAAUUGGAAUGUUCUGAAGACGAAAUUUUCUACCUGUAUCAACCUCGUGAUCUUCCAUUCUCUAGUACUAAAGAUUUCACUCCAGUGGCAAUCAAAUUGUUACACAAACAGCAAUUGAAAGGGCACGAAAUUGUUGGGACAGUGCCGAAGUUCAGAAGAAGAUCUUGUGAUGAUUUUGAAGAGGAUAAUGCUGCAGCUCUCUUGAGGCGGAUGGUUAGGCCAUGAUAAAAACGACUUGCGGACGAUCUGUGGUAAAAGGUUGUACUUUCUACCAUCAUCAUAAAAAGCGUACUAAGGCUUCAAACGGAGAUGGAGCACAUCAACGUCAACGCCUUUAGCUUGCCACUCAAAAGCUCAGCAUCUCCAGCGAUCGACGCUUUCCUUUCCUUGAUCCCUUUUUUUGUCGUCUUGUUCUCCUUGCUUCGUUGCUGUUGUCUUGUUUCAUUCUUUCCCGUGGCUCCGUCUCUUCCUAGAUAGGCAAAUCACAGACUCCGUUCAGCUAAGAAAGUAGUACAUUUCCCCUGGUCUAAGAAACAAGUAGUACAUUUAGAUUAAGAAAUUAGUACCCUUAAACUUUCCUUUUUAUAAGGUCAGGGGUUAGGGGUUAGGUCCUACGAAACAUAAGUAAAGCAGCCGGCCAGCUUUCCCUCUAUUUCCUAGGUUUAUCCCCUCAAGCAAUGUAUUGAAACUAGUCGUCUAGCGCAAGAGCAAGAACUUUUGCUACUACUAGUUUUGGUCACGUGUAAGGUUGUUGGUCGUUUUCUUAUCAAGCGGUGCAGAAGAAAUGAUCUUAACUCUACUGCUCAUUUUCCUAGAUGACGUUCACAAAUGCAUACAAAACACUACUCUAUUUUUUUGAUCGCCUUCUUACAUCUCCAUAUAUUUCUGGGACCGAUUUAACCUACACAUAGUCCCACAACAUUCCUUCCAACUCGGUUACAGAGAACAACACCAUCUUAAACUUCGUGUGUAUCGACACUGAGUGACAGCACCUUGACUCGUAGCACAUCUGAGGAUCCUUUUAUCCUAGCCACGUGUUCUUACCUUAGUUGUUUAGGUUUUGAUGCAUUCUUGGUUAGGUUUUGAUGCAUUCUUGAAUUUCUCUAGCCACCUCUUCUUACCUUUCUCACAGGUCGGGAACGGGUCUCUGCGACGACGAUCGGGAUGUAUUGUUGAAAUUGUUGGGGAUGUGUCCAGUCUUGCAACGGCUAGACUUGGAGGAUAACGACUUCACGGACUCCUCAGCUAGACACAUAGUCCGAGCAGUGCACAACUUGGUCAUCAGCUGGCGCAGAGUCAAUGAGGAUAAGCCGCAUCGCGUUUUCUGGCUGGCGCUAGGAGAUAAUCAUAUUCGGGUACUCCUGAUUUUUUUGGUUUUAAUUUUUUAGUUCAAAUUUGUUUCAAUUUUGAUUGUUUAUAAGCUGUUUAGGUUUUGAUGCAUUCUUGAAUUUGGAAGGCUAAAUGAUCACGACACUGUAGAGAAGUACUGUUGUACAACGUAAAGUUUCUUCGCUAUAAAAAUGUGUAUCAUCAACCUCUACUAUGAUCUACUUCUCCACUGCUCCCUCUCGCCCAAAUGAACACAGGACGCAUCCGGCUUACUCGAUGACCUGUAUAGCAAAGAUAAAGUGGAUUUUUGCACAGCUAGGGACCGCGAAAAAUGCACUCCCGACGGCAAGUGUGUCAAGAGCGACCGCUCAAUCGUAACUGUUCAUCUUCCGAAUUUUCGGAAACAGCAGAAAAAGGGAAGCAGACGAUCGAAAAUUAGAAGCAAAGAGGAAGUGGCGGAUAAAGGUACAUCUGAGCAUUUAAUUAAUUAGUUCUGGAUUCAGAUAUCGAUGCAAUUUCGUAAAAGUAGGUUUUUGUUCUCGUUUUAUUUUGAAUCAAAGUUAUACAUCAAGAUCUCUGAGGAUCAGUGAUUAUACAACAAGAUGAAUUAUCUUCACAAAAAAUACUUUUUGAUCCACUACAGAUGACGACGAUCGCAAGCGCAAGCGAACGAGGCGUUCCCGUAGUCGAGGUCGCGACCGCGCGAAGGAUGAGCGUGAUGGCAAGGGCGCAGCCGCAGCCUCAAUAGGUGGUAGCACCACCGCUUCCUGUAGCUCUGGCGCGGCCGCUGCUGGAGGCGCUAAUGCCGCAGUUGGUGGUAGUUCUUCUUCGACAAAAGCGAGAGGAGAACAACAUCAAGAUGACAAAAACAUCAAAGAGUCCUCUCGAGGUGCCGAUCAACAUGAAGAUGACAAAGAAGAUGAUAAAAAAGGGCAUAGAGACAGAUCACGGUCAAGGGAAAAGAACGCGAACAAAGGGAGAGAUGGCAGAGAUCAAGGCAGAGACCGUGAUCGUAGGGACAGAGAUGGCGGCAGAGAUCGGGACCGUGAUAGGGGUGCUGGUGGUCGGGAUCGAGGUCGCGACCGAGACCGAGGGCGCGACCGGGAUAGAGGUCGUGACAGUCGUGACCGCAAAGAUGCGAAGAAGGACAGCGCGAAAGACGACAAGGACAGGAGAAAUGAAGGAGAAGGUGGCAGUGGUACUAGUAAGAAGACAUCUCUGUUCCAAUCCGGGUUUCAAGGAGGAUUUAGUGACCAACUACGAAACGCCAACACGCCAGGUCGCCAGGGUUCUAGUGCAGCAAGAGCUGGAAUCGCAGGCCCUAGCGGUUUGCUAGGCGGUUAUCCCGGAGCAAAUCACUUCCCUUCAGCAAAUGAAAGCCCUACCGACGGAGCCGGUGGAAAGAACAAAAACACAACUACAACUACAGCAACUGACAAGAGCAGUAAAACCGGAGGAGCUGCAGCAGGACCUCCAGGAGCAGCUAGGUCUAAGCUAAUCUCAGACAUCUUAGCUGGUCGGGACAAAGUGAAAGACGAAAAGAACAGACUCCAACUGGAGUUUAUGCAGAUGAAGUCGGCAGGAAAGAAGGGAGAACGAGACGCAAAAGAGUACUACAUCUGCGUUCCUGAGGAGAAGCUAGAAGGAAGUAGUGGCUCCGUGUAUACGUGUGUGAGCAAGUUGGGUCUCGGCGUCUACUCUUCGGUCUUCAAAUGCAAGGUCUUCGACGAGAAAGAGAGGAAGGAUUUAUGGCAAAGAUUGUUUUUGUUGAAUACUGAUUUCUUUUUUUUUGCUGAUGGUUGUUGAAUACUAAUUUCUUCAAGUUAUCUCCUAUGUAUUGCAGCCCGACUUUAUCUUCUCUUUAAAAUACACUUAUACUGUCAAGUAACCCUUUUGAUAAACUUAAGUACUGCAAGGAAGUAACCCUAGUCUCCUCCAUCUCAACACCAAAACCCGUUCUAACCUGCGUCGAAGUAGCAGUUAAAAUCAUCCGAAAACUGGCUAUGAUGGACACAGUGGCCGUCAAGGAGGUCGCGGUUUAUCAGUACAUGUACAAGGAGGCGAAGAAGCGGGAUACGUUCGGCUCUACGUGUAUCAUGGUUCUCUACAACGACGACCAUUUCAUCCACCACGGCCAGAGGGCAAUGGUUUUCGAGUUGAUGCGGUUUGACUUGAGGACAGCGAUGGAAUACUACAAGUGCCAUAGAGGAUUCCCACUUGCAACUGUGGCAUUGUACUAAUUUUUACAUGACUGUAAAUUGCUUUGGAAAAAUUUGAAGAUGUAGUAGCUUUGGAAUUUUUUUACAUGACCGUAGCUUUGGAAAAAUUUUGUAUGACAACUGAAGAUGUAGUAUGUAGUAUGUAGUUGUAGCUGUUGGACUGAAGAUGUAGUAUGUUGUAGUUGUGGCUUUUGGACUGAAGAUGUAGUAUGUUGUAGUUGUGGCUAGUGUCAAUGAUCUUCUUGAUUCUCAUCGGCAGAACAUCGCUCUUGUUCUGUAUAACUGUUUGUUUCUGCGAUGAACCUUUAACAACGUCACUUAAUCUCAUCUCAACACAGGUGGGGCAUCCAGAUCCUCUACGGCCUUCGUUGUUUGAAGCGAUUGGGCAUCAUUCACGCCGAUCUCAAGCCAGACAACGUUCUUCUCUCCGACGACAAGCAGACCGCGAAAAUCUGCGAUUUUGGCACGUCUAUGUACACUCGGGAAAUCAUCCGGGAUAAAAACGUGCAGCCAAGAUAUUACCGAGCACCAGAGGUGAUCCUCGGUCACCACUACGACACAGGAAUCGACAUGUGGUCGUUUGGCUGUACCUUGUUUGAAGUAGCAUGCGGCAGGAUUUUGUUCCAGGGGUCAAACGAUAACACGAUGCUCCAGAAAAUGAUGGAAGUACGAGGAGGAAUGCCAUUCAACAUCGCGACAAAGCAAGGGAAAUACACUUAUGAUUUGAUGUUCGUUUGAAAUGAUACAGAACUACUACUACAAGUAAAAGUAGUAUCCACAUUAAUAGUGUUGUAGUUGUUAGUAGCUUUAAUGUAGUUGUCAACAGACUAAUGCUACAUGAUUGAUUCACUAACAUUCAAUGAUCAAUCUGAAUCUAUCUAACAUCCAAUGAUCAAUCUAUCUCUCCUCACUUCUUCUAAUCUCUCUCCGAGCAUUUCGACAAAGUCACUGGCGAUUUUCUUCUCCACGACGACGCCCCAGUGCCCCCAGUGCAACCCGGGCAACCGGAACCUGAGAAGCCGCCACCGACUAUCAUCUCCACCCGCAUCUUGCAACCUAGGGAUAUCGCGGGUAAGGAUCUUAGAAACGCCGCUCUAUCGAAGGAUGGGCAAUCGAGGAUGCAGCCAGCCACUGAGAAGAUGAUCCUGGCGUUCGCGGAUUUGAUCAACAGCUGUUUGUCUUUGGAUCCAGCAGCACGAAUCUCACCUGAAAAAGCAAUCGAACACGAAUUUUUUGCCUUGUGCUUGGAGGAUCAAUUCUCAUGGCUGUUGCCGAAGAACGCUCCAGUUGCAGGAGGGGGUCCUAAGGGAGAGAAGAAGGACUAGAUGUUGAAUCCAAGAAGUUACUAGUGGAGGAGCAAAGUGGAACUACAAGGCAACUUGUCUAAGUACUAUGUAUAACAAGUUGUUGAUAAGUAGUUUCUUCUUCAUCUUCCCUUACUCCUCCUGUUGAAUAGUUCUUCAGGGUCGUGCAGCAUGUGCGCUAGUACAACUUAACCAAAUGAGAAUACAACAACUUGUUCGACUACCUCCUGGCACGAAUCAUGAUGCGAAAAAUUUGUUCGCGCUCUUGUUGUAUGGCACUAAGAUUCAUAACCACCUCAUGCCAUUCUCACACACAAAAACGACGUGGUAAGUAUUCACUCACAAAUAAGCAAAGUCGUCAUCUCACUCCUUGUUGUGCUCAUGAUGUUUUUCUUUAUGUUUUCCCUCCCUCUCAACAUAAAAACCUAAAGUACAAUAAUAGUAGAGCUACUUUUUUCCAUGUGGGAGAUGAGUUCAUGAUAAAGAUGGUGAAAGACUUUCUUUCUUGGUAUCCCCAAGUCCUGGUGGAUCGUUUUUGCUGAUGUUCAAGUGCAUGUUGUGAUGUCGUAUGGACGCUUAUUUUUUCACCCAAAUCUUACUUUCCGCGUUUAGUGUGGGAGUGGGAGCCACCAAAUAACCAAUUUUUAGAACUCAAUCAAAGUCAAACAUAGUGAAAAACUUCAUCUAGCACGACAUGUUGAAUGAAAGUUGAAAACAAUGCGAAGAGCACCAAGUGUCUGUUUUGUAGUGCAGACCGCCGCGUUUUUCCAGCUGCCUUGAGUCUUUCGCUGUUCUCUAAAUUUG